ACCCCUACCUUUUUGGUUCAUUACUUUUCGUUUUCAUGUUUCAAACCCGGAGAGGCCCAAACCGACGCUUCCGAUAGAGAGAAAUCGUGGGAAUAGAAAGUUGUGAAGCAAAGGGUUUUUUUUUAAAGACGGCUGUUGGUUGGUUCUGCUCCUAAUAAUAAAUGGGCGCUUUGGCUCCAAUCGUUUCCACUUGGAUACCUGAUGAUGACUUUUUGUUGAAGAACGCCAUUGAGGCUGGUGCUUCUUUGGAAGCUCUUGCUAAGGGUGCAGUGAAGUUCUCAAGAAAAUUCACCAUGAAAGAAUUGCAAGAUCGAUGGCAUUCUCUCCUUUAUGAUCCAGUUGUUUCCGAGGAGGUGUCUUCUCGCAUAAUUGAGUUUGAACGUUCUGCUCCUUCACUGCCUUUGAAAUUUGGCAGGAUUGGAAAUUCAAAAGAUGGCAAAAAUUUGUUUGGAAAGAGGAAAUCUGAGAGUGUGCGUAGCUGUUACUAUGCAUUGCGCAAAAGAAUUCGGAUUGAGCCUUUUAACUCGAUGGAUUUGAGUUUUCUUAUAGCACCUAAUGAUGGCAACCAUGUUGGGAUUGAAGAUGAGCCUCUACCCGGAAAUUGCAUGCUUGGCAAUCCAAUUUCAGAUCAUUUUGGAGUUGAAGAAACAAAUAUGAAUAUAAUGAAUUGUUCUUUUCCGCAAGUAUUAGCUGAUGAUGGAGCUGCAGCGAUGGAUGAGUGCACAAGAGAUGGCUUUCAGACUACUAAUUGUAAUCAAGAUGAUUGUUGUUUUCCUGCAGAGCAAGUUAAUAUACAUGAUGACAUUCCCCACAUGCUCGGAGAGAAUCAGUUUUUUCUAGAGAGUGGAUGUCGCAUUGAGGAAUUGCAUGAAUCCAAGGAAUUGUCUGUGAACGGCUUGUUUGAUGCUAAUGAUUUAAUGGUAAAACCUUCAUCUACAUUUGAUCAAAUUAACAAUGAUCCAGAUAAUAUCUGCUCUGAGUUUGAAGGCAACCAGGUCUUCAACUCACCAAUGGAUUGUGAGUUGUCAAUCUGGGGAACUGAUGAAGGCUUGUCUGCAUCUGCUAUUCCCGCUGAUGAUCAUGGGGGAAAAGACCUUCAGGGAGGAGAUAUAUAUGCACUUUCGAGUGGCAUCGUUGCUAAGAGUGAUCAUGCAUCAGGACAUGAUGCUGUUACUACAGAUACCAAGUUGGAAACUGACAUACCUAGUGAUGAAGUGGAAAAUCAAACAGCUGAUACGGAAGGUUAUUUGGUGGAAAUAACCAAUACCCUUAUGAAUGAUGAACCCUUUUUCAUGGAUGUUGACUCGAAAGAUGUGAUUGAUAAGUCUUACUUUGAUGGUCUAAGCUCGUUUUUGGCAAGUUCACCUAAUAACUGUGUUCGAGAUCAAAUGCCGGAUGUAACUGAAGCUAUGGCAUUAGAAACACAAGAUAAUCUUGCAAACAUAUCUUGUUCACAUCUUGGAGAAUUGGAUGGCGUUGCAGGAUCUUCCGUAGCAGAUGUGCCUGUGCCCUUUGAUUCUGAGGUACCAAUGCUUUCUUCUGUGUUAACUUCAAAUAGUCAGUUCCCUGAGCGGAUUAAUGGUGUCAUUUGUUGCACCUUAAAUACCGAGGACCCAGAAAUCCCAUGCAAUGAAGGUGCUGUCUUCUCCAAACAGCUGUGCCCAUCAGUUGCUUCCUCGACACAACACAUUUUCAAAGAAGCUGACAAUCCAUUAUCUGUUGCACGUGCAAAAGAUAUUCCUGGGGGUCAGAAAACUAGAGAUGGAGGUACCCUCCUGCUUCAGAGAGAUCAAAGAGAUCCAGGACAAUCUAAUGGAUCUUCUCAAAUGAAAGAAUCAAAGACGAAACCAGAAAUGGAUCAACUCCAUCCAGUUGGUGAUUGCAGAGUUAAAUGUGAGGAUUCCUCAUGUGUAGCACCUAAACCUGAUGGUUUUCUGGCAAGAGGUUCAGCUCAAAUUAAUUCCAAAAAUAUUAGCGAAGGCACUUCCCACCUGACACUGCCAAAGGAAAAGAGUGAAAAUAUUAUGCCAGGAAAGCAUUUGAGUCAUUGUUCUGCUGAUUCUUUACAAGAGAAACCACGUCUUUGUUCUGAUAACCGCAAUAGUUAUUCACUGGUGAAUUCUUUUGCCAUUAAACAAGAAGUGGAUGCUCAUGAAAAGGCUAAAGUUCAACAAGCUUCAAGUGCAGAGGUGGGAUCCAUGGAUAUUAUUUCUCCAGAACCAGUUGUUGAUCCUCCUCCUCUAGAUCUAGAAGAGCUAGUGAUUGAAAGUGAUGAUGAUGUUCCUUAUUUCUCAGACAUCGAGGCAAUGAUCCUUGAUAUGGAUUUGGAUCCAGAUGACCAAGAUUUGUGUGAUCGGGAAGUUGCAAGAUAUCAGAACGAGGAUAUGAAAAGAGCAAUUAUAAGGUUGGAGCAGGCUUCUCAGUCUUACAUGCAAAGGGCAAUCGCAUCCCAUGGUGCUUUUGCCGUUUUAUAUGGCCGACAUUCCAAACAUUACAUUAAGAAACCUGAGAUUUUACUCGGUAGAACGACAGAAGAUUUUGUUGUUGACAUCGACUUGGGAAGUCAAGGGUGUGCUAAUAAAGUGUCAAGGCGGCAGGCAAUUAUCAAGAUGGAAGAAGAUGGAUCAUUUCAUCUUAAAAAUCUUGGCAAGUGUUCGGUAUCGAUAAAUAGUAAGGAUGUAGCUACAGGACAGAGCCUGGCCCUUAAUUCCAAUUGUUUGAUUGAGAUAAGGGGAAUGCCGUUCAUCUUCGAGACGAACCAAACUCGCAUUAAGCAGUAUUUGAAUGGUAAGUUGACGAACUCGGGAGCCUUUGUGAAAAUGUCAUGUUGGAGAUGAUGAAUUGAGAAUUGCUUCUCCCAAUGCAAAACCCUGUGUAAUUAAAACAAGUUUGAGAAGGAAAAGAAAUUGUAAUCAGUUGAGAAAUUCAAUAAGAGUCACAGUUAAUCUCUUUUACACU